AUGGCUCAGACUCCCUACAUCGUUGAGCCCACUGGGCCUCACACUCACAGUCUCAUCAUCCUUCAUGGCCUUGGCUCAAACGGCAAAAAGUUUGGCCGCGAGCUUAUCGAAACUGGCAUCUGCUCUGACGGUAAAUCACUACCUGAGCUUCUCCCAGGCGCAAGAUUUAUCUUUCCGACCUCCAAGAAACGCCGUUCCAGCGCUUUUCGGCGCAGCAAGUUAACGCAAUGGUUCAACAUUGCUAGUCUCGAGGACCCUUCAUACCGCAACCAUACACAAACUCAGGGCUUGGAAGAGUCAUCCCGCGAGAUCUUUGACCUGCUUGAAGAGGAGCGAAAGAAAGUACCGGAUAAGAACAUCAUACUGGGUGGAAUUAGCCAAGGGUGUGCCAUGGGCCUUGUAUGCCUGCUUGCGAUGGAAUUCCCGAUUGGGGGGUUCUUCGGAAUGAGCAGCUGGCUGCCAUUCGCUACGGAAAUCAAAGACUUCUUGAUCGACCUGGACGAGUACGACUUUUCUGACGAGGAUGAUGAUCCAUUUGAUACUUCCAAUAACGAGAUAGAAUACUUACGCACCCCCGACGCCAAAGUUCACGACUACAUCAGAGACCUGAUUUUGUUAGACACUGAAAAUCUUGCGGAGAUGGGGUCACUUUCGACACCAGUGUUUAUGGGCCACGGAGAUGCGGAUGAGAAGAUCAAACCCGCUCUGGGCGAGGAAGCGUGUCGUACCCUACGUUCGGUGGGCUUCGAGGUGGAAUGGAAGAGCUAUGAAGGACUGGGUCACUGGUACAAAGUUCCAGAUGAGAUUGAUGAUAUCGUGAACUUCAUCAGAGGCAAAGUCGGGUGGUCUUUGUGA